UUCCAUUUUCACUUCACUUCCACAAUUCACUGUCUUCAAAACUAAUAUUACGCCCAAAAUCCCAAAACCUAAACCCAAAAUCACUCACGAAUUCUCAAAAUGCAAGCUUGAUUCCCAAUCAAAACGAAAUAAACUCCUGGCUGCAAUUCAAUUUCAAUGCUUCAUAUCGUGGCCGGCAAAUUAAAGUAACUAAAAGAUGGAUCAACUUAAGAUGAUCGGGCGGGAGCUCGCAAUGGGCUCCCAAGGUGGGUUCGGGCAGUCCAAAGAGUUCCUCGACCUCAUCAAAUCAAUCGGCGAGGCUCGAUCCAAGGCCGAGGAGGACCGAAUAGUUUUACGCGAAAUUGAGACUUUAAAAACCCGACUGGCUAACCCGAAUACGCCAAAAUUCAAGCUGAAAGAGUACCUUGUACGUCUUCUUUAUGUUGAGAUGCUUGGACAUGACGCUUCUUUCGGCUACAUAUAUGCUGUCAAGAUGACCCAUGAUGAGAAUUUGCUGUUUAAAAGGACUGGAUACUUGGCUGUUACACUUUUUUUAAAUGAGGACCAUGAUUUGAUUAUCUUGAUUGUAAAUACUAUACAGAAAGAUUUGAGGAGCGAUUAUUAUUUGGUGGUUUGUGCUGCGCUGAAUGCGGCCUGUAGGUUGAUUAACGAAGAGACAAUUCCUGCAGUGUUGCCUCAGGUGGUGGAGCUCUUGGGGCAUCACAAGGAAGCAGUGAGGAAAAAGGCGGUGAUGGCACUCUAUAGAUUUCAUCAGAGGGCACCUGGGUCAGUUUCCCAUCUUGUUUCCAACUUUCGCAAGAGGCUUUGUGAUAAUGAUCCUGGUGUUAUGGGUGCAACACUUUGCCCAUUAUUUGAUCUUAUCACAAUCGAUGUUAAUUCUUACAAGGAUCUGGUGAUCAGCUUUGUAAACAUUCUUAAGCAAGUAGCUGAGCGCAGACUGCCUAGGAGUUAUGAUUACCGUCAUAUGCCCGCUCCAUUUAUCCAGAUCAAAUUAUUGAAAAUUCUUGGGUUACUGGGGAAUGGUGACAAAAAGGCCAGUGAACACAUGUAUACCAUCGUGGGUGACAUCAUGAGAAAAUUUGAUUCCACAAGUAAUAUUGGGAAUGCCGUUCUUUAUGAGUGCAUAUGCUGUGUUUCUUCAAUACAUCCCAAUCCCAAGUUACUCGAAACUGCUGCUGAUGCCAUUUCGAAAUUCUUGAAGAGUGAUAGUCACAAUCUGAGAUAUCUUGGAAUUGACGCUCUUGGUCGGCUGACAAAAAUAAAUCCAGAAAUUGCCGAACAGCACCAACUGGCUGUCAUCGAUUGCUUAGAGGACCUAGAUGACACUCUAAAGCGCAAGACAUUUGAACUCCUUUACAAAAUGACGAAGUCUUCAAAUGUUGAAGUAAUUGUAAACCGUAUGGUUGAUUAUAUGAUAAACAUCAAUGAUAAUCAUUUCAAAACUGAAAUAGCGUCUAGAUGUGUUGAACUUGCAGAGCAAUUUGCCCCAAGCAACCAGUGGUUUAUACAGACCAUGAAUAAAGUAUUUGAGCACGCAGGCGACCUAGUUAAUGCCAAAGUGGCUCAUAACUUGAUGCGGUUGAUUGCUGAGGGAUUUGGAGAGGAUGAUAAUAUCGUGGAUAGUCAGCUCAGAUCAUCUGCUGUGGAGUCGUAUACUCGAAUUAUUGGGGAGCCAAUACUUCCAUCUGCAUUUCUUCAAGUCAUUUGUUGGGUCUUGGGGGAAUAUGGUACUGCAGAUGGGAAGUAUUCUGCCUCAUAUAUCAGUGGGAAAUUGUGUGAUGUGGCAGAGGCACUUUCAACUGAUGAAAUUGUCAAAGCAUACGCAGUCACAGCCCUUGGGAAAAAUUAUUCUUUUGAAAUAGCAGCUGGGAGAAAAGUGGACUUGCUUCCUGAGCCACCUUCCGACUUGCUCGACUUAGGUGAACCAACUGGUACUAGUAUUCUGCCAUCUUUAGAUCCUUUUAAGCAAUUAGAAGGUGUUCUAGAUCAAACACAAGACCCUACCUCACUAAAUACUGGUGGAUUUAGUGGUACUGAUGCACCCGACAUAAUGUCCCUCUAUGUGGACACGUCGUUAAGAGACCAGGGGAAUAGCACAGCAAAUUUACUUUCAACUGUUAAUGAUAGUUCUAGUCUUCUCUCUGGUUUUUCAGAUGCUACCAAUAGAACUGGUCAUGGAGGAAAUACAGUUGCACAGUUAACACAGAAAUUGAGCGAGGGACCAAAUCAUAAAGAUUCUCUCGAAAAAGAUGCAACUGUUAGGCAAAUGGGAGUGACCCCAUCAGGUCAGAAUCCUAACUUAUUUAAGGAUUUACUUGGGUAA